AUGUGGCCGAUCUUGAUUCUUCUUGCUCCGCCGUUGGCGAUGUUCGCUGGUGUUUUCUCCUUGUACCAAUUCUCUCAGCUGUAUCUCCUGUUUGUCCGGAUUGGUCUUCGUCCGAACGAAGGCGCAUGGCGUUAUGUCAGGCCGUAUCACAGAAACAUGGUGAAGGUGCUCAACCAGACCCUGGGUGACGCUGACAAGUUCUUGUCCAAGAUACAACCAACCCAUGUCAUCCUUUCUGCGAAUGCCGCGUCUGCUGGCUCUCCAAACCGUCACCAUGGGCGAGGGAAGCUGGCCGUCGCGUUCCGGGAUGACGACAAUGAGGAUGACGAUGACGGGGAGUAUUUAGACUGCGACGACGAUCACGAGGCGAUGUUUACCCCGCGGGAGAGCCUCGCGACGGAGCCGCGAGGGAGUCACGCGAUGGCGCCUCGAGACGCGCGCGACGGCGGACAGGCGGAGGGGCGGGAGGACGGGGGGACUGAGGAAGAUACAGAUGAUGAGAAGGAGGAGACGGAUACGGAUGAUGAUGAUGGGGAGGAUGGCGAGGAGGGGGAGGAUGGCGAGUCAGAAGAUGGUGCAGAAGACGCCAUUAGAGACGACAGCGAUGUCAAUCUGGCGGCCAUGCGCAGCCUCAAGGCGUCGCGCAGCGGCAGGGGCAUGGUGUCGCUUGCUCGCGCUUUGCAGGCUGUCUGGCCAGCUACUGUGGGGGCUGGAGGGUACUCCCCUGCCGCCCCCUCCUCGCACUUUGUCCCCAAGUUCCCCCCCCCUUCUCGCCCCCUCAUCACCUACCUGCCCCCUCCGCUCCUACCUGCCGGCAGGCUUGCUCGCGCUUUGCAGGCUGUCUGUCUGGCCAGCUACUGUGGGCCUGGAGGGUACUCCCCUGCAGCCCUCUCUCACCUUGUCCCCAAGUUCUCCCCCCAUUUUCGCCCCCUCCUCUCCUACCUGCCGGCAGGCAUGCUCGCGCUUUGCAGGCUGUCUGGCCAGCUACUGUGGGGCUGGAGGGUACUCCCCUGCCGCCCUUUCCUCGCACUUUGUCCCCAAGUUCCCCCCCCUUUCUCGCCCCCUCAUCAUCUUCCUGCCCCCUCCGCUCCUACCUGCCGGCAGGCAUGCUCGCGCUUUGCGGGCUGUCUGGCCAACUACUGUGGGGCUGGAGGGUACUCCCCUGCAGCUCUCUCCUCGCUCUUUGUCACCUGCGCCUCUGCCUGCAACGACAACUCAUCCCUGCCCUUCCUGCCCUUUGGCGACUUCUCAUGUGGUGAGAUAAUCAACGCCACAGCAGACAGCCUUGCAGGCUUCCAGUGCUCCUGCAACGCCACAAGCAUCUGGACCCACCUCGGCUCCACCGACGCUCAGCGAAUCACGAGCCUCCACGUGGCAGUCGCCAGGGCCCUCUACACAGCUGUCAAGGACGAUUGCCUCGUUGGCUCCCCCCUCUUCUCCCCUCGGGCCAACCCCUCCUCUCCCUCCUCUCCCUCCUCUCCCCCCCCUCGCUCCUCUCGGGCUUCCUCUCGCCGCUCCACCCGCCCCUCCUUCCACGCUAUCCUCCCUCCUCUCAUCCUCUCCCCGUCCUCUCGGUCCCGCCUCGCUGCUUUCCUCUGCGUGUUGUUUGCGGGGGAGGAAGCUGCUCGGAAAGUGCCCGAGUGCAAGUACACGUCAUCGUGGGACGGGCGGCAGCUGAUGUCUGCUUCUGAGCUGGCGGGCGAUGUGCCGUGGACUGUUGCGCUCAAUGAGAUGCACCGCUUGUCUCGGGACCAGGCGGCGCGUUUCGUCCUUCUCCUCACCGCAGCGCUCAAGUCCGUCGUCCUGUUGCCGGACGAUGACGUGGCAGAUGCCGCCCGGCUGCUGCAUGCGCUCGACCCUGUGGUUGUGGACCCGUCUCUGCCUUCCUGUGGCACCACCGGCACAGGCCCCACGGUGAUGUGGGGGACGAGCAGGCAGCCCAGCACGGUGGUGCCGGUGGGGGAGCGAGUCACAUGGGUGUGGGCGGACGGACAACCACACGCCAUCAACGUGGCGGGAUUCGGAGACGCAGCAACCACGCCUUUCUAUGGCAUGGGCAGCGGGCGAUUGGUGGUGAGUGCUGACGUGGCAUGCAGUGCGGAGAACGUGGGGACCACGGCGACGCUCAUCAACGGCUCACACGCGGUCACUGCUGAUCCUGCACCAUGUGUCCUCAGUCCCACCACCAGCACUGCUGCCUCGUCCCCCCCCACCCCUUUCUCCUACACCACAGUCUUUCCUGUACCCGGAACCUUCGUCUACGAGUGUUCACGCGUGGGGGAGCCUAUGCGAGGCUCCGUCACCGUCCUCCCUCCCUCUUCCUCCUCCGCGUCUUCCCCGUCCCCCUCCUCCUCCUCUCGUUCCCGUGCUGCCAUUGGUCAAUCCAGCAAGCCAAUAGAAUGCGCGCCAGGCUGCCUCCUCUCCUCGCUAGCAGACGGAAAAUGCAACCCACCCUGCAACGUCGACGCGUGCUCUUUUGACGGCGGGGACUGCGCGUGCGCUCUGCCGGCCACGUCCGUUCCCGAACCUGCAUCUGUAGCCUCGGGCUCGAUGCCAGGCUCGGGGUUAGGUCCGGUGGGAUUCGUGGCCCGCCCGCAGUACUGCCCCUGUCCUCCUGGGCAGGUUCGGUCGGACGAAGGAUCUUGCUGCAUGACGUCAGCAAUAGGGGAGGGCCUCUCCUUCCCCUUCACCCUCGCCAUGUUCUCCAAUGCCACGUCAGCUGCCACGUCUGCUGGUAAUGCCACGUCAGCAGCCACGUCUGCUGGUAAUGCCACGUCAGCAGCCCCAUCGGCAAAUGGCACGGAGGAGGUGGCGCUGUCUCGCUUCGUGGCGGAGCAGAACAGGGUGUUGAUAGGACUCAUAAUCGAGCAGAAACGGUGGGACGCCGUAACCUGCCAGCCAUCCAGGUUCUCCUCGCUCUUCCAGAACUGCAUGAACGGCACGUCCACCGCCCCCUUUGGCGUCAACCCGCACUUCCUGCCCUCCUCCUCGCUCUAUUCCCCCGACGCCCAACUGGCGCUCGACGACUCGCUCGCCAGCGCUGACGUGGACACCAUGCAGCCAAUCGCGACGCGCCCUGACGGCGUGCCCUAUGGCUUUCAAGUCGCCAAGGCGAACGAGAAGGUGUUUCCGGUGAUAUUUGACAUCAAUCUGGACAACGAGGCGGCCACGCGGCGCCUGCAGUAUCUGGCGGACAGCUUCUUUAUUGACAACGCCACUCAGUCCGUGUCUGUCGCCAUGCUCACGUACAACGGCGACUCCAGUCUCUUUGUGUACACCACCGUGCGUCUCAACUUUGAGAUCGGCGGCAAGAUAGCAGUGACGUACAGCGUGGACCCAGUAGACGUGGAGCUCUACUCCUCCAGUGCGGACUGGGUGCGGCUGACAGUGACGGUGCUGUAUGUGUGCGCCGUGGUGUGGAACCUCAUAGAGGAGCUCGUGGAGGCGUUUCAGUGCUGGCUGGAGACCGGCAGGGGCUGGGAUGCACCUGGUUUGACGGUGACGGUGCUGUAUGUGUGCGCCGUGGUGUGGAACCUCAUAGAGGAGCUCGUGGAGGCGUUUCAGUGCUGGCUGGAGACCGGCAGGAUCUUUUCAUACUUCCGGACGCUGUGGAACUGGCUGGAUGUGCUCUCUCUCACCAUCCAAUUCAUCGGCAUCAUCAUGUGGUUCAUCAUAUCAGUGCAGAUGGCUGGAGGCUUCCAGGUGCAGCCUCGCUAUGACAUCUACGUCACAGGGGACUCGCCCUUUGUCUGGCGACUGCCCGGCUCCUUCCACGUGCAGCCUCGCUACGACAUCUACGUCACAGGGAACUCGGCCUUCGUCUGGCGGCGGCUGCAGUACCCCCCGGUGGGCUACGAGCAAGCGCAGGCAGUGUACGACUCCAUUCGCAACCUCGUGCAGUGGCGAUCCAUCCUCGUGUCGCUGCAGGGGAUCAACGUCUUCCUCUUCCUGCUGCGCCUCCUCAAGCUGAUGGACUUCCAGCCGCGCAUUGCCAUCCUCACGCGCACCAUGGUGGCCGCCUUCCCCGCCCUCGUGCAUUUCUUCCUGCUCUGGGCCAUCAUGUUCAUCGGCUUCUCACUCUACGCAUACGUCGUGUUCGGCCGCACUCUGGAGCAGUUCAGCACAGUGGCCAUGUCCAUGGUGUCGUGCUUCCUCAUCCUAAUCAACGACAACAGCACAGGCUACUUCUUCAUUCAGCUGGAGGGGUGGAACCUCACAGCUGCCAUCAUCUUCUGGGUGGCCUACAUCAGCGUCAUGGUCUUCGUCAUGCUCAACGUGCUCAUUGCCAUUGUGGUGGAUGCCUUCCUGGAAGUUAGGAAAUCCACAGAAGAAUCACCGGCAUUCCCAGUGGACAUGUGGUAUGUGCUGCGCAACGUGCUGCUGCGCCUCUCAACGGGCUACUGGAAACCAGGAAGGCUGCAGCGCCACCUGCUCAUGCUGGGAGCAGAGGAUGGCUAUGUAACGCUGGAGGAUUCAGUAAUGGCCAAGUCAGCCGCGGCUCUCAAGGAAGGGUUCAAUCGGGUCAACCGCUGGUGGAGAGGCUUCGGGCGGAGCAAGCCGCGGGCGCGCAGGGUGCUGCGGGUGGGCAAGCGGUGCUUGAAUGCCGACGCACUGCUUGGGGUGCUGGAGCGCUGCGCUGCCAGCAGACACUCUGGCAGUGGCUCUGUGCGCAGAGGCUUCAGCUUCAGGCGCCAGGUGAGGGGGCUUUGGGCGGGUCAAGGCACAGGGUGA